AUGAUCCAAAAAGAGGGCGUCCAUUCCCUCACCCUAGGCGAGGUGCAACAAGCUUGCCGCGCCAGAGGCAUGAGAGCUUACGGCGUGUCCGAGGAACGGUUAAGAUCCCAGUUAAACCAGUGGCUCGACCUGAGUCUAAACGAAAAGGUACCUCCCUCGCUGCUGCUCCUGUCCAGGGCUCUCUUGCUGCCGGAAACCAUUCCCACCACGGAUAAACUCAAGGCGACGAUAUCGAGUCUACCGGAAACGAUUGUCAAACAGACCCAGGCGGCUAUUGGAGAGAAGGAGGGUAAAAUCGACAACAAGAUUAGGGCGGAGAUACUUAAGGAGGAGGAGAAGAAGAUCAAGGAAGAGAGAAAGGAACACAAAGAAGAGAAACGAAAAUUGGAAGAAAAAGACAAAGAAUUGUUGGUGGACAAAGCUCCUACCAUUUCCGCUAGUACGACUCCUAUAUUGGAAGAUACCGCUCUUAGGAUAUCUACUGAGAAAUUAGAAAAGAAGGAAAAACUGAAAGAGAAGGAAGAAACCAUCCAUACCAAAGAUAUCCAGAUCAUCGAACACGCCAUCGACACCGUCUCCAAAGAAAAGAAACUCAUCGUCGAAAAGGAAGAAAUCCAAGAGCUCAAAGCGGAAAUGGCCGACUACGAGGAAGACGUGGAGGACUUGGGUAAAGCCUUGGCUGACACUCCCAAACCGGACAUCCAAGAAACAAAGGCUGCCAAGAGACUGUACAAGAGCGUGAACAGGAUGAUCGGUAAGAUGGACAAGGUUUUGGUCGAGUUGGAGAAGAAGGAGGCUCAAUUGAAGAAAGAUCUGGAGGAAGAAGCUAGCGAUAAGAAGAAGGAGGAAUUGUUGAAGAUCGACGAUAUCAUAGCGGCUAUCAAUAAGAUUAAGGAUGUUCCUGAUCAGAGCCGUUUGGAGAAGAUAGUGAAGGUGCUGAGGAAGAUGGACGACGAUCAUGAUGGGUCGUUAAAGAUUGACGAUGUCAUUGAGAUUAUUGGUAAAGAAAACGUGAAACUGAGUAGUAAGCAAGUGGAUGAAUUGAUUGAGCUCAUCGACAAGGAGGAGAUCUUGGAAGUGGAGGACAAAAUCGAGAAGGCUCUGGCGAAGAACUUGGAAGCGAAAUUGAUAGAGAAUUUGAAGGAAAAAACGGCUGUUCAGGAAAAGCAGCAGGACGUAGAGGAUAGCGGUGAUAAAAAG